CGAGGAGGAGAAGCGCAUUCUGCGCGAGCAGCUCACCACUGUGCACCAGAAGGAGCUGGAUUCUGCUAAAGCAUUCGCCAGCACUGUCACCGUCAAGGAAACGGUAGAGCAUACAGUCGAGUUCCGUAAAUACCUGGCAGAGAUUGAGGAGCUGAAACUCACGAUAGACGCUAUGUUGGCAAAGGAGAAGAAACUCCAGGAGAGAAUUAAGAUGUUGGAGGAUCUGCUGAAGAAAGCUGAAGAUAACGCAAGGGAAAAAGACGCGAAACAUCAGACUGACAUAGACAAGCUAGAUAAAGCAAUGAAGGCUCUCCUUAAAGAUUAUUCAGAUCUCAUGGAUGUCAAAGUUACUCUAGAUAUGGAAAUUGCAGCUUACAGAAAACUCCUUCAAGCAGAAGAGGUGAGGUUGAACCUGACGCCGUCACCCAAGUCCGGCCGUGUCAGAUCAGCUCUUUCGUUUAACGAUGCGGAUGCUCCCAGCCGGAAACGACAGAGAGUAAUGGAGGAGAGCUUCACAACGGAGACUAACUCACAUGUUUCUAUAGACGAGGUGUCAAUAGAACACGACUACGUUGCUAUAAGCAACAUGACGGAGAAGGAUCAGAUAAUGAAAGGGUGGACUAUCUCCAAGGUAUCUGCUGAGGAGACUCUGGAGUAUAAGUUCCCCGCUAAAGCAGUCAUUGGCCCCGAUCAAACCCUCAAGGUGUACAGCGCUGGAGCUGGAGCUGCCCACAACCCCCCACUCAACUUGGUAUUCAAAAAACUAGACGCCUGGUCCAACACCAUGGACGUGCAGAUUGUCCUGAAGAACUCAGACGGGGAUGUGGUCAGCACCUACAAAGCCAAAGCAGAGACCAGCACCGAGUAUUUGGAAGAAGGAGAUCAGCGAGCCUGCUCACUCAUGUGAUCACGUGGCGUGGUUACGUCAUUAUAGGGGCUCCGUGUCAUGUAAAUAUUAUAGCUAUUAUAUCAUACCAAUAUUUUAUUUUACCAAUGAUUAUGAACUUAUAAAGUUAUAUGCGAUGUAUCCCUUAACCUUUUAUCAGUUGUUUGCCGUGUGUGUGUGUGUUGUAACGACUGUUUCAUGAUUCGUUGCAUGUUUUUUGACAUCAUGACAUCAUAAUACGACGUCAUCAUAACGUUAUGACGUCAUCGUAACGAUAUGACGUCAUCGCAACGUUAUGACAGACCAACCAGUGCAAAUAGUUUAGAAUUUAGGUAUUUAUUUUAGCUAUGUGUACGAUAACUUUCUAAUUAUAUUCAUUAAGGUAUGAGUUUGAUGUUUAACUUCUUUUAUUGUAUGACACGCUGCCGAUUAAUUAUGAGACAAGUUUUAUUCAAUUUCAAAAGUUAUUUGACGUUGAAGUUUCAUUAUAUAAA